CCUGAUCUAGAUUUAAACCUCGUAUUCACAAGCAUGGUUCUGAACCUGGGCAAGUUUGCUAAAAACCUUUUCGGGUCCAGCGAAGUUUUUGUUCAAGAUGUUCCACGGGAAACCUCAGAUCAUCGAAAUCAACGAACAAGCAAGCAGCCUGGAUCCCAAAAUCGCUCCAAGAUGUCGACCCACUUGGAUCGGAAACCAUCGCUCACAGCCGAGGAGUUGACGCCUAUUGUCAUGAGUCAACUCCAGACCACCAACAAAUUGAAGGAGGAAUCCCGCAGACAGAGACUCAACUCCCAACGUCAGAAGCAAUUGGGGAUGGACGGCCUCAAGAACCCGAAGAGUCUCGAUUCCGGCUCCGAGUCCUGUGGGGAAGAAUCGCGCAAACGCACGGCCCAAGAUUUCAUAUCAGGAAUCCAAAGUGCCAUCAGUGCGUCCAUACCAGACCUGACGCAAGUCCCGUCGGGUGACACGAAUGGAGAUGGAGCCAAAACGCCCGAUGAGGGUCUCUCCGAUGAACUGGUUUCUGAAGUGGAGUCCGUUCUUUCCCGACUCAUGUCGUCAGUGAACAAAGGCGAUCCCAAUCUCGUCCCUCUCAUUGCUAACCUUCAAUCUAGUUUGAAGGCCACGCGCCAGACAUCCUCCCCAAUGAGCACGAUGAUGCAGAGGAAGGUCAAGGUUCAAAUGCCCUUUGUUGCGGCUCCACCCGACAACCAAGAGUCCCUCUCGCCCAAGACACCCAAUUCGGCUCAAAAGAAUUGGACGAAAGAUCCAUUUGGUUCUCUCCCUAAGCGACCCCAGGUUCUGCAGGAUGGGAACUUUGGACCCGUGCAUUCCAAAACCUUUGAACCUAACCCAACCACCGAGUUUGAGUCGGCACAUACCACUCAACAAGGGGUUGAAGCCGAGGUUCAUGCAGCUUCCAAAAUACCUUGGAAAAUUCGGGCUGCUCGGAAACGCCAAAUGAAACACCACACCACGGGCAUGACCAAAGACGAGUUCGCACAAAUCCAGCAAUCACUCAGGGAGUCAGCUGCCAAAUUGGCUCCCAAGCCUGUAGAGUCGUACAACUUAACGCGCAACAAGUCAGAAGGAUCCAUCCAAUCCAAGCAGACCCAUAAUAACCAAUGCAAGCCGAACGAGCAUCCCCAGGCUCACCCUGAUUCUCAAACACCUGGCCAGUUAUCGCACAUGCCAGCCAGCUAUCGACAAUUAGAAGGCAAUCGCGCCUACGCUGACGCUUGUAAGGGCGUGGACAACAUGCUCCCCCCUUCGGAUCUUGGUUAUGCCUCAGAUGUGUGUGAUUACAACGUGACUAGCAAUUCCAAAGGAGAGCCACCCGUUCGGCCGAAUUCGAUGGCCGAAGACAAGACUCGGAGAAAUCAGAUUCAAGAAGACCAUUCGUACCUUCAACAAAAACGGCCACUUUCCAUGAACCGGCAAGAGUCCUUCGACAACUGCCUGGUGGUUCCAGAGCCUCAACCUCAUCUGACUCGUCAGAGUUCCACCGAGGAGGAGGGGAGUCGUUCAACCAAAUUGUCGAGGAAGAACUCGAAAGCUUCGAGCUCUGGUGUCAAGGCCAAAAUUGCCCGCAGGAAAAUAAUGAGAAAUGCCAAUGCCAUGGAUGGCGCCCAAGUCACAUUUUCCGACCCGGAGGGCAAUAGUGAAACCAAUGAGGGCGAGGACUCCGUUGAGGAAAAGCAAGAUAAUGAGCUCAUCAAUGAAAAACAACAAUUCACUUUGAGUAAUUUCACUCCAACCUUGAGCAAGAAGAACUGGAGCUCGAGAUUUUCGAACAUUAAGAACUCGUUUGAUAACUCGUCAGCUUUGAACAUAAACCAGGAUGAAAGCAACCUGAAUAAGUCUCGCUCCCCGUCUGUUGGACGUCAAUCAGAUUUGAACCAAUCAGACAAUCGAGGACGCUCGCGAACCAAAGACAAAGCUACCAAUGGAUCGCCCAAUACGCGCAGUCGCAGCGCCCAUAAUCUGGAACACAACCCAAUGUCCGAGACUCGCCCAACCUUGGCUGAUCGGUCCAAGUCCAUCAAUCGGGAUCGUGCAAAAUCGAAAGAUGACAAGAACAAGUUGAACGCCAUAACUGCGCAUUCCAGUAGUAAUAGCAAUUCAAGUUCGGCUCCCAUUCCUAAGGAAAAGGACCACUCUGGUCGAGAUUCGGUGGAUUAUCACCAAUACCUGGAAAUGAUAGAGCGAUUCCGAGGUAACAAUCCAAAGAUAUACUCCCAUCCAUUGCAGAAGAACACUCCGGCCAAUAACAAUACCAAUGCUUUAGUGGUGAGGCCUCAAUACCAGAUGACUCUUCCACCAGCCAAAUCGCCGGAGGUAUCUCCUUCUCGUGAAUUCAACACCGACGCCAAAACAAAGGCCGAGGUUUUGGGUCUGAUCAAGGCCCCUUCGAAGGAGAUUGAACUGAACUCAAAAACCCACGAUAUGGACUAUCAAGAGUAUAUGAACAUUGUGAAUAAAGUUCGGGCCACGAAGGAGUUCACCAAAUUACGAACCGAACAACUGCGCCUUUCCAGCAUGUACGAUCAAGAGCGGGAUCGUCAACAGGAACUCAAAAAAGAGGAAGAGCGCCUGCACAUGGAGCGUGCUAAAAUUGAACAAGAAGAGAAAGAGGGCGAAAAAGCUGAAAAGGGUGAGUCGCGCAAGUCUGCUGACCACAACUUGGAACCCAAAACAUCUUGGACCCAGGAAGUGAAUAGGGUUCACAUGGACCGAAGGCAGCCUGAAGAUCAUUCUAACAAUGAUUCCUGCCCCACCACGAGUGCCAAUUCCAACCAAGGUAAGGCCUUAAAACGCCAAACCAGUGCUGAGAUGAGACGACUCGACGAGAUCCAUCGACAGCAAUUGGAACAGCAGAAGCAGCAAGAGCUCAGAGAGCUCCAGGUCCGAGCUGAGCAAGAACGAUUGGCUAAACUCAGGGAGGAACAGAUUAAACAAGAGAAGGAGAGGGAAGAAAUACGAAGGCUUGAGUUUGAACGACUCCAACAGAUUCAGGAAGAACAAAGGAGGCUUGAAUAUGAGCGUCGACGGCAUGAGGAGCAGAUCAGGCAAGAGCAACAGAGGCUUGAAGAGCAAAGGAAGAAGCACGAGCAAUUACAAGCAGAGAGAAAUGCUCAAUACAACCGGCAAAGGCUGGAUAUGGAAGCCCAAAAUUUUGCAUCCACGGAAGACCAUCGGCUCAUGCAAGAUCGACUCCGAGAACUACCUGAGACCACAAUGCCGCCAUCGGCCUUGUCUCCGGAAGAAGCCCUCAUAAGGGAACGACUUCUCCAACAAGACCGACUUCGCGAGGAGCACCGCCGAGAGGAGGCCCAAAUUAGACAAGAGAAGCUGAACUUAAUUCAUCAAGAGGAAAUGCUCCUGACCCGUCAAGACGAGAUGUUGCGUCAAAUUGCAACUGAUCGGGAAACCCUGACCAAACAGGAGAAUCUUAUUCGAUCUCGGCAGUUUGAGCGGCUCCAACAAGUGCGUCAAGAGAAGGUGCUUCUGGAAAAACAGGAAGAGAUGCUCAAGAUGAGGGAGCAACAAUUGGUACAAGAGCAAUUACGGGAGGAGAAACUCAGGUCCGAGCAGAGGAUCUUGCGCGAGCAAGAGGAGGCCAUCCGCAAGCGCCAAGAAGAGAUCUCCAAAGAACUCAUGAUGGGGGAUUUGUCAGACACGGGAUCAGAGAGCAUUACCAUUUGCCACCCGAGGGAAGGCCAAGUGUUCAUGGGUAAAAAGAUCGUUCCUUAUCAUCAGCCUGAGAUCCCUAACCAGCUGGCCUCUGCCAUGCACGUCUCGGUCCCUUAUCAAUCAGGAGGCCCUUUUGCCUCGGAUCAAAAUAGGAAAGGACCUGAAGAGGCUUCUGGCACCGAGGAGGAUACAUUGGACGAGGAUGAUGAGGAUGAGGAUGAUGCUGAAGAAGAAGGGGAAGAGGAUUAUUAUCAAACUCAAGUCGAAGUUCAGUCCAAGCACACGUCUGUGCCCACAUCUGUUCGCACCAUUGAGACCAAACUUGAUAAUCCACCUUGGGCCCAAGUCACACCGUAUCUCUCCUACUCAGAAAGACAAGGUCAAGAAGAGAUUAAUGACAUUUUCCGAGGUGCCAAAUACACUCAAGCCGGAGUGGUCACGUCGCCCGAGAGCAUGAGAGCAUCCACUACAAUUAUCACGACCCCGGAAAGUAGUCUUCAAUCGCAAUUAUCUCAGAAUGAUGCCCUAUCCAUCUCAUCCUCGAAUCCAGGAUCCCCACCUCCUCCUGUACCUCCUUUACCUAUGGAUGGCACGAGUGCUCCCAUGAGAAUGCCGCAAUUCAACAGCUUUGUUCCAGUUCAGCCAGAAGUGCCACCUCGGAAUGAGUCCUUUGCCGCUACUGCCGGAUACUCAAAUGAUCAGGUCCAGGCCCAAUCCAACACUCCUUAUCAAGUCCGAAGAAGCUUGGUGGAAGCCACGAAUGAUGAAUACCCACCAAAUGCUUAUUCCCCCAAGAUUGGUGGACCGGGCAGUGCUUUCAAGCCUUAUGAGAGUACAGAGCCACUCUUUGACCCGGGAAAUUCCUUGAGCAGGAACCUCGGUAAAUCCCUGAUGCAAAAAGACACCAAUAACCCAGCAAUGCAUAGCAAAGUCAAAGAACUCCGAAAACCAUUUGCACCACCUUUCUCAACCACUGACACUGAGCCAGAGAUGAAAGAAUGCCAUAUGAACACCAUAGACAAGAAAAAGAUCAAACAAAAAUUGUCAAGUUAUUCCACAAGCGAGACAGAAGAGGAAUUCCAGGCCUACUUAAAAUCCCGAUCGAAAUGGCAUGGUAAAGGGGGGCACAAGAACUCUUGGGAUCCGUUAUUACUUGACAGUCCCCCACAAAUCACUCAAAAACCACUGGGAAUAAUUCCAAAGCCUACUCCGCACGCUCCCGUGUCCAACCAGGAACCUGUGGAAAGAGGGACGCAAAUGGUUCAAACGCCCAUUUUCAUUCCACCACCAGCAGUCCAAUCUCAAGUCAAUCCAAUUUACGAGCCACCACUCAAGGUCAACAAACCGCCCACUGUAGUCCACCGGAACAAUGGCAAUACGAAUGGGACUGUGGAGAGGAUCCAGAAAUCAUCUUCAAUCAUUGAGGUUCGGUCCAAAAACGAUCCACCUUCCCUGACCAAGGAAAGAAGCCCUGGAUCUCUGCCCCAAAGCAUCGCAGACAUGAAUUCAAAACUCGAAGAAGGCGUUCCAUUGAGCGAGGCUCCCACAUCAAACUCUAUGAUCCCGUGGGCAAAGACCAAAGAAGUGCCUACCACUCCUGCUUCCUCCGUAAAAAUCAAGCAAGAGCGAUUCCAGGAACAACCCGAAGCUACACAACAGCUGAUCAAAGCUAAUGCAGCAAAGAAACCAAUGAUAACUCAUCAAAGAACUAAUCCAACUAUUGCUGCCAUGGAAAUCAUGACCAGAAAAGAAUUGGCCCUUAAUGAAAUGGAAGAGAGACGGGCCCGAGAAGGGAUGAGAAAGCUAUCAGGUGAAUCCAAGAGCGUCCCACAGGUCAAUAACCAAGUGCAGGGACCAAAGAAGGGGAUUCAAAGGCAGAACGAAGUUAUCAGCUAUGCUUUGCUUCCACAUGAACCUCGCAAGAUAGCUGAAACAUCAGGCCUAUUGAAAAGAUUUGAGGAAAGCCAACAAGCGCCCCUUGUGACGCCUCAUCCGUCCCAAAUUCCAGUCAGAGCUUUAGAGAGCCACGCCCAAAAGCAAACCCACUCAGUGAGACCUAACAACAGCAUUCAAACCCAGGUGCAAGAAGCGCCCAUUGAAAGCAGAGCCAAUGGUAGUGGUGAUCUGCGGUCAACUAAGGUUAGGAUUCAGUCUCCGGAAAGGUCCGUCUCGGCUAUGACAAUGAGUUCCAACAAGAGUGGUAUUGCCAAUACCAGUUUUAUGGUGGAUUCUCCCCAACCUCAAAGGAAACUAGUGGCCACUGUCAAACCUUCGACAACCAGAGUCUUACCUCACGAAGAGGAUUCCAAAAUGACAAGUGACAUGGUGAAGAAAUUCGCCGAAAAAUUCGAGACUGGUCAAGUUGGCGUGAAAGAAUCGCAUCUCGCAGCUUCUCCCCUCUCCCUCCAGAACUCGAAACUCAGAUCAAAGUCCAUAGGAAAUAACUUGAGCCAAAAGAUGAUGGAGCUAGAGGAGGAAAAAGAACGCAUCGAAGCUUCUUCUAACCAAAACAAGACCAUCCUUCCAUGGGCCAACAGCAAUAAAGCCCCCGUGUUGAGGAAACGCGAUGCGAUCAGGAAAGGCUACGAGCUCAGGAUGAGCAAAUCUUCAGACCAUAUCACAGCCGCCAAAAUGUUGGCGGAAGCCAGAUUGCAAGAAAACAAAGCAGGCUUGAGCCUCAACCGUGACAUGUCCAAGUCUAUUGAGCGACAAAUUGACGUGUACACGAAGACAAAGGACGACAUCCGGAAAAUCCUUCAAUUUGCCAAAGUCAGCUCGGUCAACGAUCGCAUCAAGGUAUUUGAAAGUCAACGUCCCCCAGAGCUUCUCAAUGAUGAAGAGAGAGAUCGCAAGGCCGAUGCCAUUAAACGUGAAAUUGAAGAGGCCAGAGAGUUUCAACGACAAAUGGAGAAUCAGAAAAUCAGUGAUGAGGAAAUUCAGAUCCAGGAGCCAGUGGAAUACAAGGUCAAGCCAUUGAAAAUAAAGAUGAAACCCAAAAUGAUCCAAAAUAGUGGGUCGGGUGGGAGUAACGGCCCGAUUUCCAAUGCUAGUGCUGACUCAGUUCGUGGAGUGCCCGGGGCCAAACUCCGAAUCAAUCAGAGACCAGGGGAGGAAUACAAAUCCGAGAUUCGAUCCAUCCUGAGAAAUUCUUCCAAGUAUGAAAGUCUGGAUGACUUGGACAGUCCCAGUGUGGAAGAGCGGCGAACUUCUAUCGAAAAUAUGCCCUCCAUUCAAUCCAAGAUCGAGAAUUACAUCCAAGCUGCUGAAGUCACCGCUCGAGACGCCCCCGUUCCACCUCCAAUAUCCAAGAAGCCAUCUUUUGUCAAGAGUGCGUCGUUGGAUAGAAAGAAGGGUCCUCGAUUAGUUCAUUCCAAUACCAUAAACAAUGGGCAGACCAUGCAGAUUUACGCACAAUCAGCCACCGAUUAUUCGGCCACUGAAGAUGAGACGCCGGAUUUGGAGCCUCACUACCUGAAGACCCCCGCAGUCACUCCGGCGGGACUGCAGAAGAGUAAAUCCUUCGCAGGCCAAUUUGAAUGCAUCUUGCCCGAGGACGAAAUCGAUGCGAAAAAGCGUCAAAUGAUGGCCUUCUUCUCGGACAACGCUCCCGCCCAACCAUCCAAUUUGGGAUCGUCUUCAAGGACCGCCCACGGCCAGCCGAGUGCCUUUCCACCGGAUCGCAGAGGCAGCAUCACUAGCAUCAGUGACGAGAUUUUAGGCGAGGAUCGGGAUUUGUACCUACAUGAUGUAGACGCGGCCUUUGAGAGCCUGUUGAACGGAGAAGACGACGACGAGGACGAAGAUGAUAACAACAACGCCCGCUUUGGCACAAGGCCAGGAAAGCACCUGGAGAGUAGUCGAGCUCGAGCUCGGGAUCUGAGUAGUGGUAACGGGGUGGUGGGAGUCAUGUCGUCCAAUAAUAGUCAUUCUAACUCAGUGCAAAACAAGGGGGGUGAGAGGGUAGGAAGCACAAUAAGGGGCGAGGAGGUCAAUUCUCGACGGAUGCUUUUGCCUCGCCAGCCAUCUUGGACCGGGGCUGGAAAUCCGACCCCUGACACUGGCGAGCCGUCACCCAGUCCAACUCAGAGUGUGACCCGUCCCAGUCCAGUAUUAGGUGCUACUCCCGAUGACAACUCUCCACUUCACAACCUCCAAGGGCUGCAAGGAGAGGUACGGCAAAUCCCGAGCCAAGGACCCAGAAUGGCUGCCACGCCCAAUGGAUCACGUCUCACACGACAGGCCUCGAUGCCACUAUCUUCAUUCACGGGUGGCCAACAGGUAUACUCGUUUAAUCGACCCCCGCAGCCCUUGGGCGGCACUCCGGGCUCCACAGGUCCCGGUCAAAUCGGAAACCGAUCCAGUAUUGCCCGUUCAGCCACUUCAGCCAAGGAGACCAUUUUGACGUGGGUUCAACAACAAGUCAACCAUUAUAAUAAUGUGAAUGUGACCAACUUUUCCACAUGUUGGAAUGAUGGCUUGGCCUUUUGCGCUCUGAUCCACAAUUUCUACCCCGAGGCUUUCGAUUUUGAUAAAUUAGAAUCCCGGAAUCGGCGUUACAACUUCAAGUUGGCCUUCGACGUCUCAGAGAAAUACGGUGAUGUGUGUCCGCUUUUGGAUGUGGACGACAUGGUCAAGAUGACGAAACCCGACUGGAAAUGCGUGUUCACCUACGUUCAAAGCUUCUACCGACGGUUCCGCAACGGCCGCGAGAAGAUCAGUCCAAAAAGGACGCUGGCCCUUCAAAGAUCGCCAGACCGAGAAGAUCCUACCAAUCACUAACAUCAUCACCAUCAACACCAACACCAACAUCACCAUUACAUCCACAACAUCACCACCAUCCCACACCCAUCCACCAAACCAGCAAAGCCCACGGGUCCAUUAGACACGCCCCUUUCCAACGGCAGGCAAGCUACCAGGGAAUAGGGCCUGACACACGAUCCAAUCAUUUUGACGGCUCGAUGGGCUUCUCGAGGCAACGUUCAACUAGUCCUUCGUGCAGUGCCUUCCCCAGCCCAGGACCCCGAUCCCAUUCCCGUCAAAUGAGCUUACCGCCGAUGCCCAAACUGGCCCCGCCACCUCCGCCCCCUCUUCUGUGAAUCAAUAUAUUUCGAGCCGUUUGAUCUGGAGUCAUUUAUUUGUUCACGUAAUAUAAGCUUACAUUUUGAUUAAAGAGAAGUCAAACUCGGA